GGUGCGUUUCGGUGAGGUUUGAGGAACUAGAACAAUGGCGUCGACCUCCGCUGCUGCUUCCCGCGACAAUGGCGUCCCCGGAAGACUCAGGAACGCCGCUUCCACUCUCUACUCCGAUAACCAAUCUCUCAUUGCUGAAAUUCGAAAGGCUAUGAUUCUGAUGAAGGAAGUGGCGGUUGAUUUGGAGAGGGACGGCCAGUCUCAGAUGGUGAAAGAGCUUGAAGAUGCCGUUGUUGAGUUAUUGGGAACAUCAGAAGACUGUACACAAUUUUCAGCUGCAAUUCAGUCUGUUGGAAAUGAGCACCAACCCAGGCCUGAGUUAACUGAUUUUAAGAAGUUAUUUGAGGAUGAGGUUGCAAAGCUCAAGGCCAGUUCCUCUUUUGCUCCACAAAGCCAUCCAUUAUUACGUCAAUUCAGGGAAGCUGUUUGGAAUGUUCACCAUGCAGGACAGCCAAUGCCAGGUGAUGAGCAGGAGGACAUUGUAAUGACCAGUACACAAUGCAACCUCUUGAAUAUUACUUGCCCAUUAAGUGGAAGACCUGUUACUGAAUUAGCAGAUCCAGUUCGCAGUGUGGAUUGCAAGCAUAUUUAUGAAAAGAAGGCCAUCUUGCACUACAUAAAAUCCAAACAUGGACGCGCUCAAUGUCCUGUUGCAGCUUGCCCGAAAAUACUGCAGGCAGAAAGGGUAGUGUGUGACGCAUUGUUACAAAUUGAAAUUGAUGAAAUGAAAUCAAUGAGUAAGCAACCUGGUCGAACUGAUGUAAUAGAAGAUUUCACCGAGCUUGAUGAUGAUGAUGAUGAAGAAGAAGAAGACGACUGAGGGGUUGAUGUCCAAAUGAAACUUUCUCAGUCGAUUUCAGGCUCUUGUAGAUCUCCAUUUUGCCCAAAGAACUAAUCUUAUGUUGUUCAUUUUAUGUAGUUCAAUGCAAGUAAUGUAUUCUGAUUCCUUUUUCUCUCUUUCCUUUCCUUUUUUUUUCUUUUUUUUUAUUUUUUUCUGUUUUUUUUUUUUUAGUUUUUGUGAAGUCUCAUCUGGAUUUGCACAUACAGGGGGAAUGUUUAUGAUAUGAACAUUUUGUUGUAAA